AGGGACAGCAACGAUGUAUCCGGAUACCUGCGUGGACUUGACGCGCUCCGCACUCACGAGGCAUGUGGAGCGCAUCCGUCUGCACGAGUGCACGCACAGGUCUGUGCGUCACCUGUUCUUACCGCGACGGACGGCAUCUUCAGCUGCACCACAUCACUUUUCGCGUCCUCGCCUACCAAAUAGUAUAGCUUGCACAGCGCAGUAUGGCCCAUCGAUUCCAUAAGCCACUUCCUGACCGACUAAUGUUUGUGCUCUCCUGACGCAUCUUGCCCACCUGCUGCCCACUACGAUGGUGCUGCUGCAUCUUCUUGGCCUCUCCCAUGGCCUCCUUGCUGCUCUGCUGGUGGUGUUUGCGCUCGCUUACCCUGGAGCUCUUCAAGGCGAGGAUCUUGCUCAUCUUCCUCCGUCCGACGCAUGCCGUUGCGGUGUUGCAGGGGCAGCGACCCGGGGUGCUGCAACGGCUCGGUCCGUGGCGAUGUGGCUCGGGCAUCACUGAGGCGCAGACAGAGGUUAGGAAGCUUGGGUCGUGGUAGGCGCUCGG